AUGCUUUUCUCGCUUUCAAAUAGUCCAGAAAAAGACCAAUUAAUAGAAGCGAUUGGUCAUCGAAUUGAAGAUUUAAAUGAUAGUAUGAUAAAAUCUAUCACGUUGCUUCCAAGCUAUGAUAGACGCUUAUUGAAAGAACAAAUGAAAGAGCUAUAUACGUCAUAUCAACUCCUGAAAAAAAAUGCACGACCUAAGCCUAAUCUUGGAUUCAAAUUAAGCGUAGAUGCAAAUAAUGAUCAAAAAGAACAAAAAGAGUCAAAUCCUAUGGAUUUAUCUUCUAUGUCACUAGAAAAAUCGUUAUCUCUGCUUGAAGAUCCAUUCUUACAUGUAGAAGAGAGGAUUGAUUUAUAUAAAAAUGGUAGAAAUAGUGAGGUUAAUCUUUCGGAUUCAUCAUUUUGUAUUUAUUUGAUUCGUGAAUUGGAAUGGUAUAGCUUAAAAGCUCAUCACCUUAAAGAUUGUUUUGUAUUGGCUAACAAUAUUUGUGGGCCUGCGUAUAUUUCUAAUUGUCAAGAUUGUACUUUUAUUGUUUUUUGUUAUCAAUUUCGAAUGCAUGAUUGUAAAGAUGUCGACGUUUUGAUUGCCUGUAAAUCAAAGGCAAUAAUAGAAAAUUGUACAAGAAUUCGAUUUGGGCCUAAUCCAUAUAUGAAUUCCUUUGAAGCAUGGAAUAGAGUCCAAGAUUUUGGAUGGCUAAAGCAAACCCCAAGUCCAAAUUGGGAAAUUAUUCCGGAAAAUGAUCGUUGGGAUGUUGUUAAGUGGGAAGAAAUCAUUCAUGAUGCUGGAAAAAUAUCUGAUAUUAUUAACCUUAUUCGUCACAAAUAA